AUCACUGCAGUUCAGGAUCACUGGACUUCUAAGUUAGCUCAGGAUUGAUGAUUUGCUGAAUAAAGUUUCCUCUAGUUUCAUUUAGAACAGACUAAAGUGUCAAAAAAAGAUCUCCAGUACUUCACAUACUAUCCGCUCUGGGGAUUUUUAGUCCAAGUUAGUGAUUUAAAAUCUUCCCUUUGACUCUAGUUGAAGGGUUAUUCUGUAAAGUUUCCUGCCUCAUCUCAUAAAUCCAGCUUCAUAUUUAAUUUCUGAAUAUGGGUAGGAAACAUUUAGACUCAUAAGUCUCUGUGCCUCCAGAAGCUCCACCUGACAAGAUCAGUUUUCGCAGACGGACAUGCAGAACGCUAAUAGGAGGAGGCUGGGAGGGCUCUUGGAAAAAAAAAAAUCAUGUUUGGUCUGUCUGCUGGUGGUCUGUGUGAUGCAGCGGCUGACACUCCGCCAAUGACAGCACCAGUAUGUGCCACCCCCGCACAAGCCCCACCUUCUGGGAAGCAAAGGGUCCACACGCAGGAGAAGAGGAAAGAGGAGGAAGAGAUGGAAGAAGAGGAGGAAGAGGUGUGACUUAGAUCUUCUACAUCAGUGAAGACCAAGGACUAUAGAGGGGAGAAAAGAUAGAACCAGACACGAAAGAGAGGCUUGUAUGAAUGAGGACUCAUCUGUGCUCCGACGUCGUCACAACAUAAAUUAAGAUGAUUGAAAGCAGGGCUCAGUCUAAACGUUAAUGUCUGAUUUCCCCCCUUCUUUUUACAGUGCAUUUCAAUUUAGUCUACCAGACAUAAUUAGGUUAAUUAUAUACAGCGGGCGACUGCUGCUUGUUACAGGCUCUGUAAGAGGGUUUUUUUUAUUUCAUGAAUGUUCCAGCAUCCAAUAGAGUGAAGUGCCUUGAAAAAUGCUGUCAUCUCCCUACAGGCUCUGGUUAUGUUUCAUGCUGGAAAUUGUCUUUUUUUUUUUUUAAUGCAAAAUCCUGUUUGCAAAGAAGUGCCUAGUUUAUCUGAGUAUUGAAAGUUUAUAAUGAUACAUUAUAGCAGGCAGAGUGCAUUUAUUAGUCAGCAAAAUGGCACUGGCAUUCUAAAGCACGAGACAGACAUAAAACAAAUGUUGCUUUUUGUGUUUAACAGACAGUCAUCUGGUUUGAGAACUGACUGUACUGUACACAUGAAAAUCUAAAGCAAACCAGUCAUGCUUGCAAGGUCAUCUUGAAAAAGAACACAACAUAAGCCACUGAAUGCGUUUAUUGUAUUUGUCAUGAACAUGCUUUUGUACUUGUAAGCAGUUACUCAGUAAAUGCAUCACAACCUUGCAACAGACUGAAUACCAUUCGGAGAAAGAAACUGGAAGUUUCAGUGUCUCCGGAGAUAAUUUAUGUGCCUAUUUGUCCUAAUGGUAUUCAAAUGUGCAGCUUUAAAGGUGUGUUCACGAGCUCAAGAGAAAGUUUUAAAGUAUGUGGGUGAACAAAACACUGCAGCCUUAAUGCAGAUGAGUUCAUUGUUUCCCCCAUUAGGAAUGUUUUAGAUUCCUUUAACAAUAUUGUUCGCCAUCGUGAGGGGAAACACAUUCUGACCUUUAAUUUAAGAGCCUCUUUAUUUUAAUAGGCCAGCACUUUAUCCACAAAAAGUCCCCAGACAAAAUUAGUGCUAUCACAUUCUGUCUGUGCCACACUUCCUGCAAGCCUUUAAGUACUUAAAAUAUUAAAAAGCAUAAACUAAAAAAAAAAAAAAAAUCAAACAUAAUUUAAUAUGGAAUUACUUUACUUUCUGUGAAGUCUAGCUUAAACUAGUCUGUCUGUAGCUCAGUUAAUGAAAGAAAUGUUCCAAAGAUUAUGACGACGGCUUUUAAUAAUUGAAUAUUUCCCACUUGGACUGUCGUUUGAUGGAAAUUCUGCCGAAUAGUUUGGGUUUGUACACAGAUUUAUCACUGCAGACACCCCUGUGUGUCUGGAAACGGAAAGUGGCGUUAUUUAGUUGUUUGUAAUUGGAGCUGGGACGUGUUGACAAGCCUGCUGGACAAGUCUUCAUUCGGCAGUGAGUGGCAGGUCCCACAGGCCCAUAAGAGCAGAGAGGUUAACCUGCUGUGGGGCUGCAAACACUGAAUCACCAUAAUUACAUUGAUCCUGCGUCACUCUCCUCCCCGGGGGCACGGCUGAGGGGUAAGGCAAACUGCUCGUCUAUCAAGGGCCUGUCAGAGGACUUAAAGCUCAGAGGAGAGACUUAAGGCCACCCAAAAAUCACAGAAACCAUAUUGACCAAAGUUGUGGAGGACAUUAUGAAAGAGGGGGAAAUGGUGAGAUGUUUAGCAAAGAGCAACACAAGUUCACCCCGUUUUUGUAGGGCGCUGCAAACUCCAGAGUGUAAGAGUUGAAACUAGGGAUGUCCGAUAAUAUCGGUGGGCCGAUAUUAUCGGACAUCGGCUGUACUAGCUGAAAAGGGUGCUUCUACUCAAUACUGAGCACAGGGUCUGAAUACUGGUGACCAUGUGAUAUUUCAGUUUUUCUUUUUUAAUAAAUUUACAAAAACUUCUACAUCUCUGUUUUUUUUCUGUCAAGAUGGGGUGCUGAGUGUACAUUAAUGAGAAAUAAAAUGAACUGUUUUGAUUUUGGCAAAUGGCUGCAAUGACAGUGAAAAAUUUCAAGGGGUCUGAAUACUUUCUGUACCCACUGUAUUAGUGAUCAUUCAACAUCUGAAACUCCAACUUAACAAUUAUUACUAUUUACACUGUAUCUUCUGCGUUCCCAACCAAUGCUGCACCACCACUGCUGCAUUCAAAGGAUGCUCAAUAUGAGACUUUGUACAAUUGGUUUCAACUAAUGGUACUAACAUUGGAUACUUCAUAGGGAAGUCAUUCUAGAGUUUCACUGAUAGGAUUCUCACUAACUUACAUCAGUUGAUUUAGGCUAGGAGAUGUUUGUUAACACCUUGUGCAACCCAUUCUGUCAUUUGCUGAUGUUCAGUACAUUCAGUAAUGUUUGGAGUGGAGAAGCAGUCUGCUGCACCUCUCUCCAUCCUUUAAUCUAACCCGUUCCAACUCACUGCUUUAUAUUCUGCUAGAGAAAAGAUUAUUGAUGUAACAUGGCAGAAUACAUGGAGUUAGGCCUUUGCUGAUUCACCCAACACUCGCUUAGAUUAUGUUCUUGUGCAUAACCCAUCAUCACCCUCAUAGUGGAGUUCUCAUUACUCUUGAUGUGUGUCUGUCUAGACUCUGCCACAGAACGCAUUAUUUUAUUUAUGCUUAGCUGAACAGGUGGUUUUCUUCUUCAGAUGACAUGUAAACUCCGAAAAGGAAACAGUUUCAUAUUAAUUGCAUAAUCACCACACACAGGAUUAUUGUCCAAUUGAUGUGAUGUGAUGUGAAACACCAUAACCCCAGAAUUUCUGAAACUGGGUAAGGAUUGGUAACCUUACUGUAAAUGAAAAUCUGAAAAACGCUUAACAGUUUCAAAAACAAUGGCCAUAAAGACGAAGGCAUCUCAGAAAAUGUGUGCGUCUACAUGAAUGCACUCGAUACGCAUGGAAACGCUGUAAAACAUAUGCCAGACCUCUAGGGGCGCUGUAACGAUAAGACGGAAACGCGCAAACAGAAGAAAAAACAGUGGGCAUGCGCACUUGCGGCAAAAGUUGUUAACAGGGACCAAGCCGGGAAGUAAAUAAAGUGAAGUAAUGUGUCCUCGAUAAUUGUUUGUUCAACUCGGUGGUGAUUGAGAAGAAGGAGAUUUUGCUGCAACAGGGAUAGUAGGGUCACUAGCUUCGUUGCCGCGUGUGGCGCAUGCGUGUCAAUGAAGAUACGAAACCAUGACGCAAGUGUAUCUGAAAAGUAGUGGCUAGCCAGUAAACACGGAGCUGCGUAUACGGCGUUUCAAAAUCUUUCCACUCCGGAACCUGGUUUCAAAAAUGAUCGUUUACAGACCCCCAAAACACAGUCUUCGUGUGGAUGAUACGCAGAUUCGGCAAGAAAAAACGUUUAUGUGUUUAGACCUCGUUUUGUCUUCGUGUGGAUGGGACCUUAGUUUAAAGUUGAAGCAGAAAGUUCACAAAGAAAGUUGAAAACCACCUUCUGAUACCUGAAAUCUCUGAGUUUUCACACAUAGAACACUUGAACAUGUCAAAUUGGUUCCAUAGUAGAACCAUCAUUGUAAAAACAUCAUAGUAUGGUGUGUUGCUCAAAAAACAUUACAACCAGCUGUCUGGGGUCACCGAGGAGCGACACAAAAACAGGACAAAUGCUGGUUUCCAGGGGGUUAGGAGGGUAUUUAUUUGAAAGAGUAAGUUUACAACAACACAACAUGUGAGCAGAAAAAGCACAAAGUCUGUCUUUAGUUCAGCUGAAAAUAUUAGUUUUUGUCUUUUUUAUUGACCAAACCUUUCAGGAAGUAGAUGAAGAAUAAUUAAAGCUCUCAUGUAGAAGUCCAACUUAUUUUGGAUCAUUGUGGAGAGUUUAAUCUUAGAGUCUGUAAAGCUGUUGAGUUUUUAGAGUCACACGGAUUGUUUUGACAUUUAAUAACCAAGUCCUGAAAUAGAAUUGCAGUUGUGGAUUUCUGUCAUUUAGUCUGGACUAAACAAAUAACAGCAGCAUGAAUCUCAAACGUCAUUAUGAGGAGUCUGGAUUGAGGUUUCUCACUUGAUAAUGAUCAAAACAUGAAAGUUAGGUUGGUUUAAUGGAAUAUUCCACAUUAAAUCUUUGAAUGUUGACCUAAAAGGUUGGUUUAACCCAGUAUUCAUCCAAAAUCCUCAAAGAAACCUGAGGGGCUGGUUAAAAGGAAUUUUCCACGUAAAACCUCAACAAGGACAGUAUGUGUAGCAGCGACAGCAGAAAGAGGUCCUCUCUCAGUGGAAGAACUGCGCCUGAGUGGCAGCUCCCUUUCUGUUCUUUCCUUACUCACUAAACUCAAGUACCAUGGAGGACUUGAGUAGCUGACGUUUCCUGCUGCAACCUUCUCCUUUUCAGCUUUCUUUCAUGUCCGAUCACUCCCGACCCUGUUUUUGUUGACGUUUUUGACCCUUUUUCCGAGAUUUGACCAAUCCGAGAACAUGAAGCACAUCAUCGGCAUCGGCGGCGUAACCAAUGGAGGGAAAACCAGCCUCACCAACCGCCAGAUCAAGAACCUGCCCAACUGCUACGUGGUCCAUCAGGAUGACUUCUUCAAGCCCCAAGAUCAGACUGAAGUUGGUGAAGAUGGCUUUAAGCAGUACGAUGUCAUCACUGCUCUGGAUAUGGACGCCAUAAUGAGUACAAUCUUCGCGUGGCUGGAGAACCCGGUGAAGUUUGAGAAGUCUCGUGGCGUUAGUAACACCCUGGACACAGAAAUCAUCCCGAAGUCCGACCACAAGGAGGAGGAGGAGACUCAUAUCCUCAUUGUGGAGGGCUUCCUGCUUCACACCUACAGGCCUUUGAUCGACGUGCUAAACCAACGUUACUUUAUUUCCAUCCCAUGUGAACAAUGCAAAAAGACGAGGUGCUCUAGGAAGUAGACGGUGCCAGACCUCCCCCGGCCUGUUCGAUGGCCACGUCUGGACCAUGUACCUACAACAGAAGAACAUCUGCUCGCUUUGGAAGAUUACUGAGAGCAGCUUUUGUGAUUUCUAUGCAGAACACUAUGAUGUUUGCUGAGCUGUGCUCUAUUAAAUGACUUAUGAAUAUGGAAUUUUGCUACUGUUGAUUAUUGUUCUCAGGUUUACUAUUAAAUGUAUAGAGUGCUACUUACUGUAUUUUAUUGUAUUUCGAAAUUUACAUUACUGCACAGAACAUUUAACAUUAUUUUACCACAGAUCAAGCAUAGAUUGUUGUUGUUCACUGUGUAUUGGGUCGUACUCAUUUUGAUUUAGACUGAUUGUAUACAGAACCCUAUGAUGUUUCUGGUUUACAGCUGAGAACUAGUUGCUAAAAGUACAGAAUACUAUUUCUUAUUUUAGGUGUGAUAAUUGUCAGGAAACAUUCUAAGAAAUGGAAAUCCACAGGGUUGUAAAUAGUGCUGUUCUUGCACAAUAUUGCCACUUAAUUGCCCUCAGGAUACUGUUGUUGAGCUUACUAGUUUUACAUAACAGCCAGAUGCUGCAGCUAAUGAUGUUGUAAUUCACAUAAAAAAGGAAACAAGUCCAUCAUAAUUUGAAUGUUAACAGUCCAAAAUGAGAAGAUCAUAUACAGUUUUUCUAUUAGGUUAAAGAGCCCAUAAAACCACGAAAAAUAGUUUGUAAAAGCGAGAGGUCGGUAGCAGCUUUCAUUUUUUCUUUCAACUUUUCGGUGCCCCCCCCAAAAAAAAAAAAAAAAAAAAAAUCUGUUGUACCCUCCUGUGCCCCCCCACUAAAAUUAAUCUGGAUCCGCCCCUGAAUUAUCUUACUCCAAUAUGUGUCCAUAUCAAGAUAAUAAUGCACAUUUCUGUCUUUAUAUACACAUUUACCUGGAUUUUGUCAUGUUAUCUUAGAUGCAAAAUGUAAAAGUGUGACUUAACUUUUGAGGAUAGUUGCACUAUAAAAGAAGAAAAAGUUUGGGUAAAAAUGAAACUUUGGAAGACUCCACAGCAAGUUACUUGCCAUGCACUGUAUAAUGCAUUACAGUCUCUUAUCCUGUGGAGCAGUAAGAUAGAUGAUCGCUACAGAGGCCCCUGACAAUGGCUUCAGUGUUCUGUAAUUCCUCUUGGUAUCUACAGCAGUCUGCACAAUCAUAUUUGCCUUAUUCGAAACCUCCCUCAGACAAAAAAAACCAGAAGGCCGACCUCUCUUGGCUCUCCUGUCAGAUGCCCAAACAGAGGUCACUUUGUUUUGGUUAGUUUUUGUUGUCGUUGUUUCCGUCUCGGAAUAUUCGACGAUCAUACAAACUGGGAAAUGACGAGGCCAUAAAUUUCUUUAAGGUUUCAAAUUGAUCUGAGUCUAAAACUCCACCGCUUUCUUGGGGUUUGUUUGCUUUUUUUCUUUGUUCCAGGUUUAAAAUGGUUAGAAUGGUUAAAUCUAAAAACUUGAGUUUUGAAGCCAUCUUCCCUGUUUAAAUAAUGGGAUGUCUUUGCAAACACAAUGCAUAUAAACACUUGGUCUAGACAGCACUGACACACAGAGUAAUAGAAAUAAUCAUCACAAUGUAAUAAUAGUAAUUAUUAUUAUUGUUAUUAUUGAGCAAACUUGAUUUGCAUAGAAUAUUGCAUUCUAAUCUAUGCAUGUAUGAGAUAAACUGGAAAAAAAAAGCAUUUGUUAUGUAUGGCCCCCAGGCUGAUCUAAUAGUGCAACUCUUUGCAAAAAAUAGUUUUAUUUUCCUGAACAGAUUCAUUCAUUUAUUCAUUAAAAUGUGUUCACUGUUCCCAAACAAACUUGCAAGAGGAGCCUAAAAAGCGGUGCAGGGAGGAAAUAUGAGAUGAGAGGAGCCUGGCUUUUUUGAAUAUGAGGGAUAACAAGAAAAGUUGCACUCCAAGCUGCAAAAAAAUCCUCUGAUCUGACAUGUUGAUCACACAAUCCUCUCUGCAAAAGACCUGGGGCUCAUGUUUUUGGCUCAAGGCUUAUUUGGUUUAUUAGUGAAUGUGGGGGUGGCAUAGCACAAAAUGGCUUACCUCAAAGCAGUCCUGCACAAUACUUAUGACAAGGUAUGCAUACCUCGAGCUCUAAUUGGACAUGCACACAAAAUUUCAUGCAAAUCCAUCCAAAGAAGGCACUGAGCAGUUCUCAGCUAAUCCCAGGAUGAAUGUCUUUAAUACAUUUGAUAUGUGUCUUUAUUAGGCUACUUUAAAAUAUUUCACUUUAUUUUUUUGACGUUUAAGUGUGAAAACCUGAGCUUUGGACAGCGGGAAACAUGUUUUUACUCGUAAAAUUACCGAUUGUGAGGAAGUACUUCACAGCCUCUCGAUAAAUAUUUAUAAAAUCCGACCACGUUGUUGUAAUUUUGUCACAACCCUAAUUAUAGUCAUAAUUAUAGACAGCAGCAUGGAAAAGCAUUUCUUAUGGGGCAUACUGUGUUACACGCGACAUGUUGUUCUGAGACGUUGAUUUUUCUCUGAUGAAUGUGUGGUAAUCUGGCACUAAAGAGCCAUUAAAGACAAUUUUAAAUGUACUGUUAACUGCUUACAUGGGGAAAGUUAGACAGAUGCAGAGGAAAGCCAUACAAUAUAUACAGUUUCAUUAGUUUACAAUCUGUAUAAUGUUAGCUGAUUUGCCUUUUUAUGGACAGAGUGUUGCAUUUCCCAUAAAUUUAUUUGAUUUCUGUUGUGCUUUUGUGUUCAUCAACAGGAUGAGACACUUUAAAACAAAUGUAAGAUGUACAGUAUGUUAUGAAGCUUGUGGGGUUUUUUUGUAGUUUUUCUGAGUUGCUGAAGAGAGAGAGGAUAAAAUAAAUCUUGAAAGAUA